AACUGAUAUUUAAAACCCUGAAUAUCGAUUGCACACUCCGGAUCUUCUUCACCGCAGAGAGAAAAAAAGGCAGACGCCAUGGCAAGGAUCAAGGUACACGAGUUAAGGAACAAAUCAAAGACAGAGCUUUUGAGCCAGCUCAAGGACUUGAAAGCUGAACUUUCUCUACUUCGUGUAGCCAAGGUCACUGGUGGUGCCCCUAACAAGCUCUCCAAAAUUAAGGUGGUGAGGCUAUCGAUUGCACAAGUGUUGACAGUGAUAUCCCAGAAGCAGAAGGCUGCAUUGAGGGAAGCUUAUAAGAAGAAAAAGUUUUUGCCUCUUGAUCUCCGUCCCAAGAAGACCAGAGCCAUUCGCCGCCGCCUUACCAAACACCAGCAAUCUUUGAAAACAGAGAGGGAGAAGAAGAGGGAGAUGUACUUUCCAAUGAGGAAGUAUGCCAUUAAGGUGUAAGCUCAAAACUUACAUUAUGAUGGAUACCCUUUCUUUGAUAGAUUCUAAAUGCCUACUCAAUGAUAUAUUGUUUAACUUUCACUUCAUUUUUCUCACUUGAUAUGAAUUAUUGGAUCUUAGAGAAGAGUUUGAUUGAGCCUUUUCUUUUAUAAUUUUAUAUAGGGUAAACUAUAUAAAUGAUCAUUGAAG